AUGGCGUCCGAUGGCGAUAUUGUAGCAGCCGUAAUGUGCCUGGAUGACGAUGUUGAAGAUUUUCAGCUAUGUGGAUCGACUACGAUGAAUACCGUUGUAAUCGGGAUUAUGACAAUGCCAUUACGGAGAGAUUUGUCUCGAAUCGCAAACUAUGUGGAAGAAGUGGUACCAAAAUACAGCCCUGAUUCUUUCAGAACAUUUUUUAGAGUUUAUAGGAGUACUUUUGAGACAAUUGCAACUAAAAUAGCAGCUUAUCCUGAAUUGCAUCCACGGGAACCAAAUGCUGGACGGCCACAAAUUUCAAUAGAAAAAGAUCUGUUGAUGAGUUUAUGGUAUCUUGGCUCGCAAGAGACGGUCAGAUCUAUUGCAGACAGAUUUGACGUAUCACUAUCAACCUUCAACGACCAAAAUAGGAGACUUCUGGAUGUGUUUACUUUGCAUCUGAAAACAAAAUUCAUCAUAUGGCCUGCUCGUGCUGAUUACAGAGCAAUUAUAGACAACUUUCAACAAAUGAAAGGAUUCCCAGAUGUAAUUGGGGCCAUUGACGGUACACAUAUCCGUAUUAAACCACCACAUGAACACGCUCCAGAUUACUUAAAUCGCAAAAAAUUUCAUUCCAUCUUACUUCAAGGAGUGUGCAGAGAAAACAGAAUGUUCACGGAUAUAAAUGUGGGCUGGCCUGGACGUGUACAUGACGCCCGAGUUUUACAAAAUUCCCAGAUAUGGUUAAAUGGUCCUGUGUUUUGCGAUAGACAUCAUCUACUGGGAGAUGGAGCAUAUCCAUGCAAGCAUUGGCUAUUAACACCCUACAGAGACAAUGGACACCUCCAGCGUGAUAUGGUUAAGUACAACAGGGCUUUGUCAGGCACUAGAGUUGUUAUCGAGAACACUUUUGGAAUACUCAAAGGGCGAUUUCGGCUCUUGCAGUUUGUAGACAUGGUUGACAUUGGAUAUAUCUGCAAAGCUAUAGUGACAGCUUGCAUAUUGCACAAUAUGUGCAUUCUAGAAGGCGAUGAACUAGAAGAUCAUUUUGAGGAUGAUAUUGUACCCCAUGUACCCGUUCCACAAGGACAGCUGUUUCAAAACGAUGCGGAAGGCCCUCUGAAGAGAUUACAGAUAACCAACCAGCUUGCUCAUAUGUAA